AUGGACCCCGUCGGGGACACGCUGCAGCGGCUGCGGGAGACCUUCCGCGCGGGGCGGACGCAGCCGGCCGAGUUCCGGGCCGCCCAGCUCGAGGGCCUGGGCCGCUUCCUGCGGGACCACAAGCAGCUUCUGCAGGAGGCGCUGGCGCAGGACCUGCACAAGCUCACGCAGCUGGACUCGGCCUUCAUCCGGAAGGAGCCCUUCGGCCUGGUGCUCAUCAUCACUCCCUGGAACUACCCCGUGAACCUGACCCUGCUGCCCCUGGUGGGCGCCCUUGCCGCAGGGAACUGUGUGGUGCUGAAGCCAUCGGAAAUAAGCAAGGGCACAGAGAAGGUCCUGGCCGAGGUGUUGCCCCAGUACCUGGACCAGAGCUGCUUUGCUGUGAUGCCGGGUGGGCCCAAGGAGACGGGGCAGCUCCUGGAGCACAAGUUUGACUACAUUUUCUUCACAGGGAGCCCUCGAGUUGGCAGGAUCGUCAUGGCCGCCGCUGCCAAGCACCUGACGCCCGUCACGCUGGAGCUAGGGGGCAAGAACCCCUGCUACGUGGACGACAACUGCGACCCCCAGACCGUGGCCAACCGCUUGGCCUUCUUCCGCUACUUCAACGCCGGCCAGACCUGCGUGGCCCCUGACUACGUCCUGUGCAGCCCCAAGAUGCAGGAGCGGCUGCUGCCCGCCCUGCAGAGCGCCAUCACCCGUUUCUACGGCGAGGACCCCCGGAGCUCCCCAGACCUGGGCCGCAUCAUCAACGAGAAGCAUUUCCAGCGGCUCCAGGGCCUGCUGGGCUGUGGCCGCGUGGCCAUCGGGGGCCAGAGCGACGAGAGCGAUCGCUACAUCGCCCCCACGGUGCUGGUGGACGUGCAGGAGACGGAGCCGGUGAUGCAGGAGGAGAUCUUCGGGCCCAUCCUGCCCAUCGUGAACGUGAGGAGUCUGGACGAGGCCAUCGACUUCAUCAAGCGUCGGGAGAAGCCCCUGGCCCUGUAUGCCUUCUCCAACAGCAACCAGGUAGUGAACGAGAUGCUGGAUCGGACAAGCAGCGGUAGUUUCACCAGCAAUGAUGGCUUCGUCAACCUGACUCUGCCGUCCCUACCACUGGGGGGCGUCGGCAACAGCGGGAUGGGAAGAUACCACGGCAAGUACUCCUUCGACACCUUCUCCCACCACCGUGCCUGCCUGCUCUCCCCCUCGGGCCUGGAGAAGCUCAAUGAAAUCCGCUACCCGCCCUAUACUGACCGGAACCAGCAGCUGAUACGCUGGGCCUUGGGCUCCCAGAGUUGCACCCUUCUGUGA